AUGGCGGCAAACACGCCGACUCCACCCUCGUUGGCGUCGACACUGGACACUUCUAUCACACUUUGCGAUCGAUUCUCCUCUUCGCUCAGUCCAACUACUUCGCUGGACCUCCCUCCCUCCAAUAAUGCAGAUUCACCAUCCCCAUUGUUGCUUCUGAGUGCGGCAGCAACUACUCUUCGUUCCCAGGCAACCAAAAUCUCAUUACUGGCAAUAAAUGCCCCGUUCACACCAUCAGCGAUUACAACAUGUCUCCUCCCAUUGAACGAGUCCAUCCUGACAUCGUUGGUUACAGCCGCUCUGCUCACAACUCCCCAUCAAUUUACGACUGCCUUCUCACGCGAGUGUCAUUCUCUGACAGCAGUCGCCUUGCGAGACAUGCAAGCACUCUUGCGACUCGUACAGCGGAGAAGUGAGGCAGGAAACAAUAAAUUGGAAAUAUCUGCAAAUGAAAAGAAAGAAUUCACAGAAGCAACGGGUCGAGUGUGGGAUGGCUGUGAUAAACUGGUCGCCUUUGCUAAAGAAGGUGUCCCUGGUUACGUGGUCCGCAAGUCCAAACAGUGGCUCGAGCUGAUGAAGGAUGCCGUAAAAGAAUUGGAGGAAUGGGACCCUGAAGAAGAGGUGGAUGACAAUGAUCUUUUCGGAGAGGAAUCCAGCAAUGAUGAGGCAUCCGCGUCGGCUGAAGACACAGCUGACGACGAUGAUCGAGCCGCAAUCUCUGCUGGAGUCAAGGUUCAAGCACUGAAGGUAUUGAGUCGCAUACCACAAAGUAUUCACGUUGUGAUCAAACAACGUCUCGAAAAGCGCACGGUUGGCCAGGAGCCAUCAGCCAAUGAGAUCACUCGUUUCGGCACAAUUCUAAAGCAGACCCGCCGGAUAUCAGAGUUGAUUGAUGAAUCGGCCGAAGGCAUGUACUUGGGAGAUCUAGAACGCUGUCUCAAAAAGGCUGGGGAGGCUCGAGCGAUUACAAUACAAGUUGUCGAGUCAGUUGUUCAACCUACCUCUGAAGUCGAGACAAAAGAAGACAAAUAUGUCCAGAGAGCCCUUGAUUGGAUUCAAAAGGUUGACCCUGGCGACGUCGUCAAGGAAAACACUGAUUUAACACUUCGUCCCAAAGUGAAUGGUUGA